AUGCCUGCCGAAAUGGAACCAUUAGAUGUUAAUUCAACUGCGCGUGACGUAGAGGAUUAUUUGGAACGAUUCGACAUAUGGUGCCUCACAAAAUCCGAUAUGGAUGAUAAGAAACUCACUGCAUAUUUCCUACAUUUCGUUGGCAAGGAGGCGUAUACUUUGAUCAAGAAUUUAGUAUAUCCUGAAUCUCCAAUUGAUAUUUCUUACACUGCAUUGAAAAACAAAGUUCUUCAACACUUCAAACCGAUUAACUUCGUAGCAGCCGAAAGAGCUAAGUUCAAUAUGUUAGCCCGCUCUCAUUCUCAGUCGGUUCGUGAUUUCGUGUUACAGCUGCAGACACAGGCAGCCAAAUGUGACUAUGGUGCCCAACUGGAAGACCAGCUGCGUGAUAGACUCAUUGCUGGCAUUCAACUGCCCGAAUUACAGCAGAAGCUGUUACUCUGUCCGGAUCAGAAAUUUCAAACUAUUCGGAAAAUAUGUGAGCAGUAUGAAGAUGUGAAGCAUGUGACGAAGACUGAGGAAGCAGUCUUGUUAAAUUAUUCUAAAAGAAAUAAUUCAAGGAUGCGGACGAACAACAAAUUCAAACCUCGAACAGAUUCUCGUGCCUCAAAUCCAUCAACACGUCACUUCACAGAUCGUAACCCUAAUCCGAUGGCUCAAAAAUUCGGGAAAUGCGAGUCUUGUGGACGAAACCAUUCCAGAUAUUCAUGCCCCCACAGACGAGCCAAGUGUUUUAGCUGCGGUAAAACAGGACACAUUCAACUUGUCUGUAAGUCCAAGAAAGUGUGUCACUUAACUUCUGACCCAAACACUGACGUGAAGACAUUAUCUGAAGAUAUUUCUACUCUUUCUCUAUCUGUUUUGUCCCAAAAUUCGUCACAUGUUUUUAAAACGUUGAUAUCCGCUUCUGGUCAAAAGCAUGGCUUUAUUGUUGAUACUGGUAGUGUUGAGUCCAUCAUUCCACAAUCAGAUCUAACUGCAUUCUACCCCAGUGCCGUGAUAGUGCCUACAGAUAUUAACAUUCGCGGUAUCACUGGACAUUCUGUACCUCUCGUUGGUAGUUGCACGAUCCCUGUGAGGUUACUACAAGGUACCUGUAUCGAUUGUAAUUUUUUGGUAUCAACGUCGGGACCAUCGAUCGUCGGACUCAAAGUUCUACGCUUACUGCAAACCAGUAUCACCUUACUGACUUCUGCGAAUGAGAAUGAACUCAAGCAACUGAUUCUUAAAUGUUCUAAGGCCACAGGUGGCAUGCAAAUUCCCAAGAUGAGGCUCGAAGUUACAGGAGAGCCUAUAUUUCUUAAGAGACGGAUUAUUCCAUUUGGUUUACGCGAGCCUGUUCGUCAAGCAUUAAAUUCAAUGUGUGCGAAAGGAAUACUGACUCCUGUUGAGUCAUCGAAUUGGGCAACUCCGAUCGUUACCCCACUGAAGGCUGAUGGUAUUACUCCGAGAAUUUGUGGUGACUACCGGCUUACGCUAAAUACGCGGCUACUACAACGUACAUGCACCACGGAAGAGCCAGAAGAUGUAUUGUAUCGUUUAUCAGGUUCAAGUGUGUUUUCAAAAAUCGAUUUAAAAGAUGCUUAUCUUCAAAUACCACUGGACGAAGCCUCCAGUAACCUUACCGUGAUCAACACACCCUUUGGGUUAUUCCGAUACAAUUUUCUUCCCUUUGGUCUGAACGUUUCACCAGCUGUAUUUCAGCAAGUUAUGAAUACUAUUGCAAAAGAUUUGGAGGGUGUUGAGACGUACCAAGAUGACGUCAUUGUGCACGCUGCUGACAAAGCUACCCAUGAUAUGCGUCUGUUGUCUUUACUGAAGAGAUUUUCUGAGUUCAAUGUAGCUAUUCAUCCUGAAAAAUGCACUUUUGGUGUCCCAUCAUUUUCAUGCCUUGGCUACAUUGUGGAUGGCAGCGGUUUUAAACCUGAUACAAGACGUCUAUCCCCUUUAGUAAAUGCGCCAUCACCGACCAAUCUACAAGAACUGCGUUCAGUUCUAGGAGCACUUCAGUAUUACUCUCGUUUCAUUCCUAAUUUCGCCAAACACGCAAGUUGUCUGUUUGAUAUCAUAUCUUCCAAUCAAUUUUCUUGGUCUUCCAACCAUGAGAAGGCGUUGCGUGCACUGCUUGGUUAUCUUCAGACUUCAGCUGUUUUGAAGCCAUUUUCCGCCAAACAUCAUUCGACGAUCAUUACUGAUGCUUCUCCCACUGGAAUAGGAGCAAUCCUUGAACAGUGUGGUAGACCAGUGAUCUGCAUUUCCCGUCGACUUUCAAAAGCCGAACGUGGAUAUUCUCAGACUCAACGAGAAGCACUUGCUGUAUAUUGGGCUGUCAAACGGCUUCAUAAGUAUCUUUUUGGAUUGAACUUUACCAUUGCUACUGAUCACGAGGCUUUGAAGUUCUUGUAUCAUCCAACGAAGUCUCUGGCGAAGUCAUCUGCCGCUAUGGUGCAACGGUGGAUUAUUGCAUUGAGUUCUUACACCUACACAGUAGUUCAUCGUAGUGCGAAAAUGAUUCCUCAUGUCGAUUUCUUGUCAAGAAUUCUAUCAUGUGACUCUGAUUCAAACAACUCAGAUUGUCUACUGAUUCAACCAUUACCAGUCAAGCGGGAUGUGCUUGUUGCUGACACUAAAAGAUAUUUCGCUCCCAUUUUCUCUGCACUGCGACGUGGCUGGACGCAGCAAGAACGACGCCGAUUUCCUGCUUUUUACUGUCGCCGCGAAAGCUUGUCCGUUACUCCGGAUGGUUUGCUGUGUUUUGAGGAUAGAGUUGUCAUUCCACCGACUCAGCGAGCGGCUGUUCUUGCAGAUUUACACUCUGGUCAUCUGGGUGUCGAUAAAAUGAAAUCCCUUGCACGCUUGUCAUGCUGGUGGCCGGAACUGGAUGCUGAUAUCAAGCAUACUGCUAAGAAUUGUGUUAAGUGUGCACAUAAGAUUCAUAACAAGUCUUCACAGUGGCAUCCGUGGCCAGUUACUUGUGAAGCAUUUCAACGAGUUCAUGCUGACUACUGUGGUCCUUUUCUUGGUAAAUACUAUGCUUUAAUUCUUAUUGACGCAUAUUCCCGUUGGCCUGAAGUUUUUCUAACUACUUCUCCAAGUGCCGAAUUCACUCAGCAAGCCUUGAGGAAAGUAUUCAGCCACGAAGGUGUACCAACUGUUUUGGUCACUGACAACGGCACACACUUCACUGCAAAAUUCCUCGAGGAAUGGUUGAAGGGUCUUGGUUGUCGACAUCUGUUUACUGCUCCGCGACAUCCCCAGUCGAAUGGACUUGCUGAAAAUUUUGUCCGAAUACUUAAAUCUGCUAUUAUUUCACUCUCUCCCACUACUUUUGUGGAAUUGGACCGUGGGAUUGAUAAUUUUCUAAUGCAAUACAGGAACGCCGUCCAUUCCGUUACUGGGAAGAGUCCCGCGCUUCUAUUUAAAUCUCGUUCGUUGCGUACAAGUCUUGACUGUGCCAAAACGGCUGAUGUUACAUUUUUCAAGGGUAAUGAUUUACGACCCGCAACAGGAAUAGUGCUUUCAUCAAAUGGCAAACGAAUGGUCACAAUUCUCGAUUUGGAUGAUCUCUCUUGUCAUCGGAGACACAUUGACCAGGUUGAGUUCAAUACCAGAGAGGGUGAUCUGGGAACGCUGACUUGGGCUUUUGCGUACUCUGUGACCGGCCGACCAAUACCAGUGACGGCUGGUGUGCAUAUCACGCCGACUGUUGUGAUGGUGAACCUUGCCUGCUGUGUGGUGGUACUCUUCAGGCUUGUCUCAAAGCUCCGGGCCCAUCCAGAAAACGCAGGGGUGUGCUUACCACCCGGCCCGCAGAGGGGGCGUCUUAUGAUGUUGAUCUGGACCGAAGCGCAGAGCUCCAGCACAGUGUAUCCCGGAGGUCUGUGUGUCUGUAUAUCCGGGUCCAGAGAAGAACCACUCGACAGCCCACAUGCGGCUCCUGUGAACAAGAUAAGCUGUCAUCCGAACGGACAUUUCCUUAUUUCUGCCUCUGAUGAUGCUACUUUGAAAAUAUUCGACCUAUUGGAAGGUCGAGCACUGUAUACACUGCAGGGACACACUGGGCCAGUAACAGCGGUUAACUUUUCUCGCUCGGGUGAUCACUUUGCCUCAGGUGGAAAUGAUGCCCAGGUGUUCUUAUGGCGCACCAAUUUUGAUACUCAUCUGGAGGAAUUUCCUACGAAGGAAGUGUGUUCUGCCAAAAACGGUCGGAACUUUUCUGGCGACGGUCACGCUCAUCAGUGUACACCCAAAAAAUCACCUAAUUCUGUGGGGUCGAGUAAUGAAUUCCGGGAACCUUUAGUUCCAGCCUCAGUUUCCGCUCGGACUUCAGACUCCCAAAAUGCCGAGGAUGCCUUACCAAGGCAUUCGGUGGAGUGUCAUCAUGCGCCCCGUUCACACGGUCAAUCGAUGCCAGGUCAUUUAUCCUUGUCCUCUACUGCAAAUGUUGCUCAGAUGUCCAAAUCCGACGGAAUACAUGCCAAUAAUGAACAGAACAUUCCACCCACAUUGACAACAGCCGUUGAACAUAUUUUGUCUCAGAUUGACGUCCUGACACAGACGUUUUUCAACUCACCUCAUGUACUAUGGGCGAGAUGGCCCAAGUGGUUAGAGCGCGAAUUUACUGACCGGAAGGGCCGUGGUUCGAAUCCGACCUCCGCCACUCGACUUCCCCUGUCUAGGCUUGGGCAACCUGACAGUAUCCCAGCCCUCGUGCUUCCUUCGGGUGGCAUGGCAGCUAGGCACCGAAAGGGUGCUACAGCUGAAGGCUUUCUUUUCUUUUCAUGUACCAACCAGUUUGCUUUGACGUGCACCUCCGGACUAGUGGCACUUCUCCGCUCAGGCAUUGAGGAGAUCAGGUGGGCCGCGCCAAAAAUAUCCAUUUCCAAAUAUCAAGAAACAUUCGUUCUAGAACCAACCCAACCUGCAAUGUUAAGUGAGCCUUUAAACUUUGAUAACCAUAAACAAGCACAAUUUCGGCAGCAUACACCGUGGGCGCACAGGGCAAGAGAAAUGGUGCCUUGCAAAACUUUUGUGUGGUUCGAAUCCGGGGAUGAUGUUCGGUCACUCGUGAAUUUUUUUCGAUCGACAAAUAAGUAA